GAAUGGAUGUAAUACUGGUUGCGGUUUUUGGGGGAUAACUUGGACAUAUCGGGGGUGUAACUCAGUGGUAGAGUGUCUGCUUCGCAUGCUGAAAGUCCUGGGUUCAAAUCCCAGCUCCUCCAAAAAAUUUUUUUGUUUUUUACUUACUUUUUGCAGUUCUAAAUAAUCAAAAAAUUAAAAUUUUACCAAUUUUGCUAUCUUCUAAUUUUUUUUACAUUAUCAAGCGUAUGUUUGAGUCUAUAUAGAUAUGUAUUGUGUGACUACGACUGCGUGAGGUGCAUGUAUGAGUAGAGUGCCGUACACACCUCUACCAGAAAUAAUUCCAUUUGAAUUUCAUGUUGUGUAAUCGAAGGAUCGUAGUUUAGCCUAAAAAUCAAGGAUGAGAAAGAACUAGCCCUAUACCCAUUGACGUGUGAUAAGUGACGAUAUUGAGAUACAAUUAUAACGGCAUUCAUAUUCUUUUCUGGGAUAAAUUAAAAUUCUUCGUUUUUGAUAAUCCAUGGACUCAUCUUCACGCCAGUACAGAGAAUUCUGCAAAUUUUUUCUUCUCUUACCAACAAGAGAAUCUAUCGAUUUGAUGGAAAGCAAUCACUUGUCGGUGAUUUAUACAGAGAUCAUGGGGGAGAUGGGCAGGGCCAAUGACGAGAGAUCAACUAAGGUAUGAUAUAGGGAGGUAUUGUCAACCCUUUGAUGCCGUCGACAAGGACCAAACAUGUUGCGCCCUCCCUCGUGUGAAGUGAGGUACUACGAUGCUGCUGGCGUCAUGCCAAACCCUCAGAACUGAAAAACAGCCUCUACUGUAGCUCAUCCUCUUUGCAUGCACUCUUGAUAUUUCAUAAUAAACAAUUCGUGUCCAUCGUGUCUGCCCUAAAUUAUUGUAGAAUAUAUGUUCAAGAACAGUUAAUAUUCUAAUCCACUUAAUUAAUUUUUCUCAAGACUUUUAAAUGGCCAAUAAAUUGCCAAAAUCAUCUUUAAGUUUAAAACAGUUUCUUCGAAGACAAGAAGUACUUACUCUAUAUCGAAAUAUCCUGCGAACCAUCAAACAAGUGGAGGACGAACAGGACAAACAUUACUUAAAAAACUGGGCUAAAUCAGACUUCAAGAGAAAUAAGAAUUUGACAGACGAGUUCGCAAUUAAAUCUCUCAUCGUCCACGGGGAGAACUCAAUGAAAGAACUCAAGCGCAACCUAAAUUUAACAAAAUAAACUGCAGACUGAAUGCAGAAUGAGAAUGAAUGUACACAGCAAGCACCAAAAGAAAUUAGGGA